AUGAACGGAUGUCUGUCCUGUGGUUUAUUAAAGUACCUUUGGUGCUGGCUGGAGGACCUAUCCUGCCGCCUGCAGGACAGCAAUCUUCUCAAGCUGAUAAUGGCAUUCAGCGUGGCUCUACUGGUAUUGGUAAAUGUUCACACGGGAUUCACCAUGGCUAAUAGCUGUCCAAGGGAAUCGGAAGAAGAAUCUGAAGAUGUUGGUGAGGAUCAUCCGAGUGAAUCCUCUGGUGAUUUGAACUGUACCCUUCGCGGUUCGCCGGAAAGCUACAACUACGGUUGGGAUAGGGGUCCACAUACUUGGAAUGCCCCUGGCAAUAAUCAAAGCCCUAUUAAUAUAGAGCGAAACUGUGUGGAUCUGAACUACUUUGAUACACCUCUGAUAUGGUCACACUAUAAUGACGUUCCCUUGGGAAUUCGCCUGGAGAACAACGGUCACACUCUGAUCCUUCGAGCUGCUUUUCCCGGCCAAACGCCCUCUAUCGAUGGUGGCGACUUGCUGGGUCGCUUCGACUUCCGGGAGAUCUCCUUCCGCUGGAGCUGGACCAACUCAUCCGGUUCGGAGCACACUGUGGACCAUCACCACAGUCCGCUGGAGAUGCAGUGCCUCCACACAGAUGCUGAGGGCAAUGGCUGCUGUUCCAGCCAGGGCAUCCUGAUGAUCUCCUACAUGUUCGACUUCUCCGACGACAAUCCCUUUCUCGACGUUCUAGUUCAGCAUCUCGCUGCUGUUCAGGAGGCAGGUCAGGUGGUGGAAGUACCGCCUUUUCCGCUGAGUUACCUGAUGCCAGCCUUCUACGACAAGUUCUACAGCUACAAUGGAUCGCUAACCGAACCCCCGUGUCAUCGGGGGGCUGAGUGGUUGAUGCACCCCGUGUCCUUGGCCAUCAGCGAGCGCCAACUGAACGAGUUCCGCCAGCUGAAGGAUAAAAGUGGAGCAAGGAUCACUCGCAAUGCACGUCCUGUUCAGCCGCUCGAGGAUCGAACGGUCCACCUUAAUCGCUACCGAACCGGGUUUCAGGAAUAA